AAGUCGAACAGUUUAAAACUUCGACAACUUUGUUAGUUUCAACAGGUGAAUCAAACAAUCUUGUUUCGUCCGUUGAGUCGUGCACUACGUUCUUACGCAAGAUAUUGAAAUUCGAAAUGAAGUUGUCAAUGUUGAGGUUGCUGACGUUCACGGUCAUAGCGGUAAUUACACUGCAAGGUAAUUGGGUCCUGGCAGCGACUAAUCCCGCCAACGACGAACUCAUGAGAGAACUACUUAAGUUAGAUAAAGCUUACUCGUUCGUCUCCAGACCUAGCUUGCGGAAUGGACCCAUCGUAUCAGAAAGUAGACCGAGAAUUGUGCAGAGGGCCAUGUUGAAGCUGCAAGAAUUGGACAAAAUAUUUUCGGAACGUUCACGACCUAGAUUCGGCAAAAGGACAUACGUCAACUCGCAAUACGCUCCUUACAUGUACGAAGGACAGAAUCAACUCACUGACUCGGACCUGAAUGAUUGGUUAUCUGAUACAAGAUAAAUUGGUGUUUGAGAUUUUUCUACCAACAACCUUUUAUUUCUCCUAAUUUUUUCCAACCCUCUUAGACAAUCACCUUUAGUUUCUUCCCUAUUAUUUGUACCUACUAAUAAUUUCUUCCCAUAUUUGAUGUUAUGCUAUAGUUUGUUCACGUUAAUCUGGUGACGACGCGCAGAAAAUCAAUUAUGACGUUCUCAUAUUUGUACCCUUUUUCACAGUUUGUUUUAUACAAAUCGAGUAUUUAAUUUUUUAAAAGUGAUUUAUGUUAGACAAUGAUUAACGUGAACGUUGAAUGUAAGAAUAUACAAUUAUUAUCCUAUUUAACACCUUAAAGAUUUGAAAUUGCUACGAUUGUUUAUUCCAUGAUAUAUGUAAUAAAUAAAUAUCACAUAAUGACCAUAUAUGUAUUGUAUAUGCUAUUGUAAUGUUCGCUCUGUUAUAUAUUUUAAUUAAUUAUUAUUAUCUAAAAGCAGUUUUGUUAAAUUUAAAGUAGUUUCAAGUUAGGUACUUACCUACAAAGGUCUUGCAAAGAACUCUCCAAAAAUUCUAUGUGUAAACAAAGGUAUUUCAAAUAAAC